AUGAGUGAUAAUAAUAAUAAUAAUAAUAAUCAUUAUAAUCAGAAUAAUAGCACUAAUCAUAAUACUACUGCUACUACUAAUAAUAAGAGCUCGCCCCCGAAGAAACAAGAUAGGCAAGAUAGUCAUGAUAGUGGAGUUUCUCCUACGCAGCCAUUUUCUGCCUCGCCGUCUGUUCCUGUUGCAACCAAGAAAGCUACAUCAGAGAAUAAACGAAGAAGAGUAACUCGAGCAUGCGAUACAUGCAGGUCGAAAAAAGUAAAGUGUGAUGGCCGUCAACCUUGUAUUCAUUGCACCGUAUACUCGUUUCGUUGCACUUAUGAUGAACCAAAUAUCAGAAACAAAAGGACUACCGCAAUCCCCAAGCCAGCAGAACCCAAUGUCGCAGCACUCCAAGUUGCCGCCCAAGCAGCGGCGGCAACAGGAACUAGAAAUUAUAGUUUAAAUGGCGUACCCAUUGACUCAUUGCCCACUAAAAACUUAGUUAUUGCACAACAAAUCAUUGGAACAUUGUUGCCUAAAUUGCAAAUCAAUUUGUUUGAUCAAAAUGUAAAAUUUGACCUCGAUCGAUUUCAGAAAGCCACGCAGUACAUGGAGCUGAAACAAUCUUUGAUCUCAUCAGGUUUAAACGAGAUUGUCGACUUGAUGCAAGAUCCCAAUGCCAAUAUCCCUCUAGCUCUGGCGCCCACACAAGCACAUCCUAAACGGUUAUCAAUUAGUUUACAGUCUGAUGACUCAGCAGUUCCUCCCUCUCCUUGUGAGAUUAAGUUAGACCUUCCAAGUAAAGAAAGGACCCUCGAAUUAAUAUUCACUACGUGGACCAAAGCUUGUGUUUUGUUUAGAUUUUAUCAUAGACCAUCAUUAUUGGAGGAGAUUGAUUUGUUGUACUCGCUUGAUCCUUCGCAAUAUGGCGAUCGACAACAAAAGUUUCUACCCUUUUUGUAUUCUAGUCUUGCGUGUGGCUCGUUGUUUAGCAAGACACCUUAUACACAAUCAACUGCAAACGAUAGUUUAGAGGAUGAUGGAUUCAAGUACUUUUUGGAGGCAAGAAAAUUGAUUGAUAUUAGUAAUGUGGGUGAUACUAAUUCGAUACAAACGAUAAUUAUGAUGAUUAUUUAUUUGCAAUGCUCUGCCAGAUUAUCCACUUGCUACUCGUACAUUGGUAUAGCUUUGAGAAGUGCAUUGAAGGAGGGAUUGCACAGAAAUCUAUCCGUUUUCCAAAACUCUAAACGCAAGUUGGAUCCAAUCGAAGUAGAUACCAGAAAAAGAAUGUUUUACACGAUAUACAAGAUGGAUAUCUACAUAAAUUCACUUUUGGGACUCCCUCGAUCCUUAGCCGAGGACGAGUUUGAUCAAGAGAUUCCGGUCGACUUGGACGAUGAGAAUAUUACUCGGACUGGUUAUGAUUUUGAGAAACAAAAUGGCAGAUUGAGUUCUGCUGGAUGUGCAAACCACCAUACAAGACUUAUGUUCAUCAUGUCCCACAUUAUUAAGAAAUUGUAUCCUGUGAAGGUUGUCCAUAGUGCAGAAAGCUCAGGGUCAGACGAUAUUCAUCAAAAUGUCACUGAGCUCGAGAUGGAGUUGAAAGUUUGGUUAAACAAUUUGCCCCAAGAAUUGCAACCAACAGACCCCAACUCAAACAAAAUCGAUGUACCUAAACGAUUUGUGCUUGCAAAUUGUUACUUACAGUUGGCUUUUUUGAAUUGUCAAAUUAUGCUUUACCGUCCAUUCAUUCAUUACAUUAGCGAUUCAAGAAGCGGUAACGCUUCUGAUCCUAGAUCAUUGAUUAGAGGUCGAAACUGUAUCAAGAUUGCUCGAAUGGUUGUUAAGUUGGCUAACAAAAUGAUUGACGAGAAGUUGCUCAUUGGAACCUACUGGUUUUCCAUGUAUACUAUUUUUUUCAGCAUAGCCUGUUUGGUAUACUACUAUCAUUUCACGAGUUCCCGCAGCAACAAUGGAUUGGGUGCCAACUACGCCGGCGUUUUGUUUGAUGAUGAUUUGAAUAUUGAUAUUGUGAGAAAGGAUAUCGAAAUUGGGAAAAAAGUGUUGGACUGCUUAAAGAAUUCUUCAAAUAGUUCAUUGAGGAUUUACAAUAUUCUUAAUACAUUAUUUGAGCAACUCAAUAGGAAAACAGCUUCAAGGUCAUUAGUUAGAAAACCAAUUAACGAGCAACUGCCGGUAGCCAAUGAGGCCAUACUUCAAGAACAAGCCGAGAAACUUCAAUCGAGCAAUGUUCAAGCCACUUUUCAAAACUUUGACAACAAUAAUCAGUAUUAUCAAAGCAAUAAAAGAGAUGACUUGGGUCAACUAUUCAAGAAUCAUAAUCUUGCGCGAUUUCAUGCACACUCGGAGAUUCCUCAAGAAGUGACAAAUAUUGCGAAAAUGGGUCCUGGUAAAGAUGAGGAAAACCAGGAGGUUGGCGGUAAUUCAGGUGCAGCGUUGGGAUCCAACUAUAUUCCGGGAGUGUUUGACAAGUUGGAUGCACAAAUAUUUGGAAAGAUUUUGCCUCCCUAUAUGGCUGAAAAGAAUGAGAUGUUGAAUAAUAUACACCAGAUGCAUAACAGACAACCAGGUGAAAUCCAAGGACAAAUGCACGGACAAAGCGGGGAACAAGAUCACGUACAACAACAGGGACAACAACAACAAAAGUUGAAAGAAGAGCAAAAUUAUUUUCCAAACGAACAAUACACUGGAGAUGGCAUGAGCCACCAAAAUUUCAACCAAAGUACUGGAGUACCUGCAUAUCAACCACAACCACAAGCACAAAAUCAGUCAACGGAGCCAAAUAGCAAUGACAUUAAUUCUGGCAUAUCCGAUGACAUUCUAGAUUUUGAUGAAAUUAUAGCCCAGUUGAAUGGUGUCGAUGGAUACGCCGAUGGGACAAACUCAAUAGACUACCUAGCUCCUUUUUAA